GACUCAUACGUGUUUCGCUUACUCGAGGUACAAUCUCUCGUGCAGUGUUGGGCUGCAUAAGAAAAGUAAAUUUGCGUUUAUAUAUACGGUAAAUUUGUACCGACAGACCAUUAGCAUCAGCUAGCGUUGCUUUGAAUGCCAUUGGAAGAGGGAAUACUUAACUAAGAUGCUGUAAUGCGUGUUUUUGUUUAAAAAAAAGGCUCAAUAGAUCAGCGCUAAUGUAACUAACAUGUUUGGUAAUUUGUUUAAUUGGAGAGAUGGGACAUUCCCUGUCUAUUUCUCUGUGUUGUUGCACAUAUUGCGACGUGAUACCUGUCGCAACAGUAUUUAAUUCCUCAGUAUUUUUGCUUCAUGUAGUUAUUAGUGUCUAACAGCACUACAUCGCAGCAUCACUUUCUGCUGUAUCAAUUAUUUUUGUCCAAUUGGCCUACCUGUUUUCUAAAGGGUCUAAUCGUUUUAAUAAAUCUUUUAUUUCCAAUGGCAAAAAAAGAAUGCAUUUCCCAAAUGAGCAAAACAGGCGACAAUUCAACACUACGAAACAGGAAAAUUUGUCCAUUAGCAGAACAGACCCAACAGUCUCCAACCACGUCUAUGUCAAGGGUCAGAAACAGUCAAACUGCUGGACGCUUGUCAGAAGAUGAUACUCAGUCCUCAAAUGGUUCAUCUGCCCAACUUUUGGUCAAAAGAAGGAAUGAAUCUCCAAGCAACGUGCUGCUGAUUCUAGUAGUGGGACUGUCUUUCUCUACACGGCUCUACAAGAUAGCAGAGCCCCCGCAUGUGUGCUGGGAUGAAACUCACUUUGGAAAAAUGGGAAGCUACUACAUCAACAGAACCUUCUUUUUUGAUGUUCAUCCUCCACUUGGAAAAAUGCUGAUUGGUCUUGCAGGUUACAUGACUGGUUAUGAUGGCACCUUUCCUUUUAUAAAGCCGGGAGACAAAUAUGAACACCACAAUUACUGGGGGAUGAGAGGGUUUUGUGCCAUGCUAGGUUCCUUCCUUCCAAUUUUUGCCUACCUCAUUGUGCUGGAGCUAUCUCAGUCUCACACUGCUGCUCUCAUCACAGCCACCCUACUCAUAUUUGACACAGGCUGCAUCACCAUCUCCCAGUACAUCCUAUUAGACCCCAUACUCAUGUUUUUCAUCAUGGCGGCAGUUCUGAGUAUGGUCAAGUUCAACCAGCAGAGUUACAGGCCUUUUACUGCCCCCUGGUGGCUAUGGCUGGUACUGUGUGGUGUAAACCUUGCUGGGGCUGUUGGGGUGAAGUUUGUAGGACUGUUUGUCAUCCUCUUGGUGGGACUGAACACAAUUUGGGACCUCUGGAGACUUUUGGGAGACCUGAAUGUCUCACUAAUGGACAUAGCAAUGCAUUUCCUGGCUCGGGUUGCUGGACUCAUCCUGCUGCCACUCUUCCUCUACAUUACAAUAUUUGCAGUCCACUUUGUUGUGUUGAAUAAAAGCGGACCAGGUGAUGGCUUUUUCAGUUCUGCCUUCCAGUCCCGUCUAAUUGGGAACAACUUGCACAAUGCAUCCAUGCCUGAGUAUCUGGCAUAUGGUUCCACCAUUACAGUGAAAAAUCUCCGUAUAGCAGGAGGUUAUCUGCACUCUCACUGGCACUUAUAUCCUGAGGGAGUAGGAGCGAGGCAGCAGCAGGUGACGGCCUACCUUCACAAGGACUAUAACAACUUGUGGCUGGUUCACAGACAAGAUGAUAAUGAUUCUCAGUCUGGGAACCCUGAUCUAGUUCGUCAUGGUGAUGUCAUCCGUUUGGAGCACAAAGAGACAACCCGUAACCUUCACAGUCACCUCCAUGAAGCCCCUCUAACCAAGAAACACUUCCAGGUUACAGGCUAUGGAAUUAAUGGAACAGGGGACACCAAUGACCUGUGGCAGGUGGAGGUAUGUGGAGGUCGAAAGGGUGACCUGGUGAAGGUGCUGCGCAGCAAAGUUCGCUUUCUGCACAGAGCUACCGGCUGUGUGCUUUACUCCUCUGGCAAGACCCUGCCAAAAUGGGGUUGGGAGCAGGUAGAGGUGACCUGUAGUCCUUAUUUGAAGGAGACUCCGAGCUCUCAGUGGAACAUUGAGGAUCAUAUCAAUCCCAAAUUGCCCAACAUUAGUUUGUCUGUACUAAAGCCAAAUUUCCUGGAAAUCUUACUGGAAUCGCACAUUGUUAUGAUAAGGGGUAAUAGUGGAUUGAAGCCCAAAGACAAUGAAAUGAACUCUAAACCUUGGCACUGGCCCAUCAACUACCAGGGAUUGAGGUUUUCUGGAGUAAAUGAGACCGAGUAUCGUGUUUAUCUGCUGGGCAACCCUGUGGUGUGGUGGAUAAAUCUGGCCAGUUUAGGGUUGUAUCUCAUCAUGGUAGCAGUGGCAUCUAUAGUUAUUCAAAGAGGUGUCUCACUGGGACAAAAAAGAACAGGACAUUCAUAUGUGCUCAUCCAAGGAGGUGGACUGCUUCUUCUUGGUUGGCUGCUGCACUAUGUCCCUUUCUAUAUAAUGGGGCGUGUCCUCUACUAUCACCACUACUUCCCUGCAAUGCUCUUUAGCACCAUGCUAACAGGAGUUACUCUGGACAUCCUGUUUAGAAGUGCUGACCUGCUACUCCCCCCACCUUAUUCUGAUUGGCUGCAGAGAAGUGGGCAGGUGAUGCUUAUCUUCAGUGUUCUUUAUAGUUUCUACCUAUUUCAUCCACUGUCCUAUGGCAUGAUGGGUCCUCUAGCUCAUGAAGCUAGCAGCGCAAUGGCUGGCCUGAAGUGGAUGGACUCCUGGGAGUUCUAGUCGGCCGUGCAUGGUCGUGACACUAUUUUUACAUGAAUAUUUCUUUAGUUACUUCUUAGGGUACUGGCUGAAUCUCUACCUGUCCAAGUGUUUUUGUCACAGCAUUUCAUGUUUUGUAGACUAUCAUGAAUGAAGGAGGCUUGAUGAAACUGAAUAACUGCAGUAUAAAUGUCAAUGUUGUGGAGUCUACGCUAAUAAAGACAUAUACUUGAAAUAUUACUGAGCUGCCUUAAGUCACAAUGUAACAUCCAUCUGUAACAAAAAAGUGCCUGAAAGUUCAAAUGCUGCACUUCCUUGAUGGUAAAAUCCCUCAUGUAGUUACAAGCUAUGAAAGAGUAUAUUUUAAUUGGUAAUUCUCCUGAUGUUUGAUGUUAUUUUAAUAUUGUAUUUAGUCAUGAAUAAUGUACUGUUUGACUACUACUGAUGCUCUAUGUUUACAUUUCAGUGUGUCCAAUAAAUAGUGGUAUUCUUUUA